AUGUACGCAGCCAUAUUACUCUACUUCUGUUAUGCAGUUGCUGCUUUUGAAUUACAGCCACCAAUGGAGCAUCUUCCAGAUCCAAAUGAUGCAUUUCCUACAAUCACAGACUUGGACCAAGAAUCCAGUCAUCAGAAUUUAUCAGGUAUAACGUACCACACUAUAAGCAACCAACUGCAAGUUACUCCAGUGUAUCUCAAGUCACUAUUGUCUCAAAAUUUCAAAACCAUCGUCUACAUUACCAAUACAAACACUACAAUCAUCCCUAUUGACGAAGUGCUAAUGCAUAACGACCCAUCAAAGCUUUCAUCACUAACCUACCUUGAGAUCAAGCAUCACUUCAGAAAAAGAGUAAGGUACAACUAUAUCCCAGUGUCACCAUGUAUAUCAAGUCACACGUUCCGGCUUGAUCCACCACUAAUGGGAAUUGCCUGGACACAUCGAGUAUCACUUUCAUUACGUUACACAACUACAUUCGGCGGCUCAAUAACUGGAAGCACAGGAUCACCGUAUUUCUUCAACACAACUACAUUUGGUCUAACAUUGGGAGAGAAGUUACGAUUGAAAUACGGGAAAGAACGAUCGUGGGAUUCAUUCGUUGCUUGCUACUCGACUGAAUCAGCCGCAAGAUUGUUUGGAUAUGUCCCUUUGCAGACAGUUGACUCAGAGCUCAGAGUGAUCCAUUUCAAUUGGAGAACUGGGGAUAUGGUGUGGGGCCAGCAAUGGUUUCGACAUCCGCCUCGAGUCGUUAUUGACAAGCUGCAGGGUGUAAGAAUGGUUUGCGAUGUUAGUAGUAGGGAGAAGUUAAAGUGUGGUAGUACAAGAGGAAGCACAAGAGAUCGAUUUGGUAAUGAGUUGAUUUGGGAUAAUGUGUAUUGA